AUGCCAACUGUAAUCGUUUUCAUCCCUGGUUAUCAAUCUGUUGUACCUUCGACAAAAUCAAAGUUUCUUCAAACAUGGUCUAUUGAACAUCAUUGUCGUUUCAUUGCCUUCAAUCACGAUUUUACAUCCGUUCAUUCAUGUGUUGGAACAUGGUUUCAUCAUCUUCUAUCGGUUCUUUACGAAAAGACUGGCAACGAUAACGUCAUUUUAGUUGGCGCUAGUUUAGGUGCAUGGCUUGCACUUUUAGUUCUCAUUCGAAAAGAAGUUGAUAUCUCAUUACGUUCUCGUAUUCGUGGUAUUCUUGCAUUAGGCAUGAGUGUCAAUGGCACUGAAGUAUGGUUAAAUGAAAUUCAACCGAUAGAAAAUCGUUCAAAUCGCAACUAUAUAUAUCAUCGACCUAGUUCUUACUCAUCUACUGGCUUUUAUGACAUACCUGUUUCAAUGUUAAUUGAUUCAAAAGAAUAUCUAUUACCGAUUGAAUGUGAUGCAAUUCAGUUGGGAUGCACUCAAUGUUCACUGAUUUUCAUGCAUGGUAUGUUUGAUUCAGAUGUGCCUUAUCAACGUGUUAUUGAUUUUGUAAGUCGUUUACGAACUGAUAGACAAGGAGCAAUACAAAUUCGUCUAGUACAUGAUGGUGAUCAUCGAUUAUCACGUCUUGAAGAUCUACGUGAAAUCAAAAGUUGUUUAAAUGAUCUUAUUGAGAUUUUACACAAUGCGUGA